AUGGUUUAUCAGAAUGCGCUUCUUGAUGCGGUGCUCGUGCCAGCUGGUCUCCUGCUGCUUGCCUCGUACCACGCAUGGCUGGUCACCCAAAUAAAGCGCCGGCCCCUCGCCACUGUCCUUGGCGCUGCUCACGCCAACCGUCGCACUUGGGUGCAGUGCGUGAUGAAGGAAAGCAACGCCACCAAUGGCAUGCUGGCAGUGCAGUCGCUCCGGAACUCCAUCAUGGCAUGCGUGUUACUGGCUUCCACUUCAGCUACGGGUGCAGUCGCAAUCGCCACAAUUCUCACCAGCAUCCGUCUUGACAGCCUUCAAGAAUCGUUAUCUUCCAUGACCGUUGGAUCAGUCUCUUCUGACCUGCUGCUUCUGAAAGUCUUUUGUGUAUUCCUUUGCUUCCUCUUCGCAUUUCUAUGCCACACUCAGGCCAUUCGAUUCCUCAGCCAUGUAAAUUUCCUUAUCACCAUCCCCAUUGAUCCUGAGACUUCUCCUGGUCUCUCCAUUUCUUAUGUACAAAGGGUUCUUGCAAUAGGAGACAACUUUUGCACAGUGGGCAACCGCUCAUUCUACUUUCUCCUCCCUCUUGCACUAUGGUUCUUUGGGCCUAUCCCAAUUCCUGCGGUGACGGCUCAAAAGGACAUCGCGUCGCUCAUGCUUGGUUGCCUUCACAGCGAGUCGCUAAACUCGACGCUGCUGCAGCAGUUCGGACAUCAAGCGGCCGAGCCUCCGGUGCUUGGUAUUUCCAAUUCUUUUGCGCAUUUCCAAGAACCAUCGACUGUUCGCGAAGCGUGGCUCGUCGAGCAACUGCAGGAAGCGCAGGAGCGGGCAGAGAGCGGGAAUCAGCGAGUGAAGCACCUUGAGCGACAGGUGGCGCUGAUGCUGCGCGAGAUGGGGGACGCGCAGCGCCUGGUGGCGGGGCUGUCGCGCAAAAACGCGGAGCUGCAGGGGGAGAUGGCGCAGCUGAUGCUGGCACACAUGGUUGUGGGGCUGGCGGAGGCAGGAGCAGGGGGAUUGGAGCUAGGGAACGGGAGGGAGGGAGGGGGAGAAGCAGGCGGGAUGGAAGAAGGGAGAGGUGACAGCGAGGAGGUGAUUCAGCCAUCCAGUCGGCAGACGUAA